AUGUCUGGGUAUGCAAAGUUCAUGAAGGACUUGGUGACCAAAAAGAGGGCUGAUAGUUUUGAGAAUGGUGAGAGGUUGCAGCAUUGUAGUGCCAUUUCUAUGAGGUCACUAGUACAAAAUAAAGAGGAUCCUGGAGCUUUCACUAUUCCAUGCACCAUCGGUACGAUGUACUUUGCAAAAGCUUUGUGUGAUUUGGGUGCCAACAUUAACUUGAUGCCAUUGUCAAUUUAUAAGAAGUUGGGUUUAGGAGCUCCAAAACCAAUUCUGAUGCGUUUACUUAUGGCUGAUAGAACUGUGAAGAGGCCCAUUGGAGUGCCUCAAGAUGUCCUUGUGAAAGUGGGGCCAUUCAUUUUUUAG